AUGUCGAGCAGAAAAAGAUCACGAAAACAUGAGAGUGAUGAAGAGUUUGAAGAUUUUGAAGACGUCGGAAAGGGCAGUGAUAGUGGGGCAAAAUGGGCGUGCAGCUCGUGCACAUUUCAAAAUCGAUUCGGUGAUUUCACAUGCUCAAUGUGUGGCUCAAGGUUUCUUUUUUCUUCAUUUUAUUCUUAAUUUGAAUUUCAAACAAGUUCUUGAAGACCAGGUGAAAUAACGUGUUUUUUUGCAGCAAAGGAACAUCAACGCGAAAGGCACGAUUAAGUGAAAACGUUGUCGAGAUGCAAAAAACGAUUAAUGAUAUGGUUAUCAAACAAGUCGAGAAAGAGAAAUCAUUGUAAGUUAUCAAUUUUCAAAGAUAAUUAUUAUUUUUUAUUGGGAAAAAACACCUGCGUCAUUAAUUGGAAAAACAUUGACCCCUCAAGUCAGAUAGGGAUCUCUUUUAGUGAAGCUAAAAAGAUGAUAGAAGUUUGAGAAAAAUGUAGCAGAGACUAGAAACAAAUUGUAAAUUGACCCUGUUGGUUCAAUUUUUAGGAUUUUUUGAGCCGGACAUACAAUUAGAGAUAGGACCAUCUUUGAUUUUUAUAAAAAAUCAGCUGAAAUAUGAUAUAUUCUCAAAUUUUUCCGGGUUUCCCAGAAUGAAUCUGAAUAAAUUGGAUUUAUCUCUCCACAUUUCACUAAAUCCUCAAAGAAAUACCAUUUGCAGAACAUCUCGAAAGCGUCGUGAAAAAUCAGUAUCGCUCACUCCAAGUGGGAAUUCUUCAUUUGCCGAGCCAUCCGGCUCUGCGCCAAGAACCCCGGCACCAUCAGACAAAGGAAUCUCACCUGCACCAUCAGAGAUUCCAACAACGCCUUCACCAAGACCUCCAAAAUUGACCAAAAAAGAGAUCAAGAAGGAGGAGGCUCCUCAAAAAGUUGUUGAAAAAAGAGUGUCAAGGUCAAGACCAGAAUCAGUGGCAAGUUCGAUGAAGGAGGAAACGUUAAAACCAGCAACACCGAAAACAGCAAUGCCUAAAGCUCCCACACCAAAAGCAGUGACGCCAAAACCUCCUACACCAAAGCCAGCCACAUCAAAUACUUCGACACCAAAACCUCCCACAGAAAAAGCAGCCACACCAAAGCCAGCAACGCCAAUUGUAUCUACGCCUAUCCCACAAGCACCAUCAACUCCAAUCAAACAAAAAAGAAAAUCAAGAGGAAGAAAAAAGCCCACCAGUUUUGAAAGUUGAAAAUCAGUCGCCUGUAUCAGUUAAAUCAACUCCGGAAAAGAAACCACCAGUAAUUUCACCAACUAUGCCACCACCAAAAAUCACCACACCAUUGAUUCAACAACAGCAACAACUUCAGCAAAAGAUUCUAGCGACUCCACCAUCCCCGAUGCUUCUCCAAGAUCGGCAUUUCAUUCAACAACGUUUGCAAGAACUGCAACAACAACAAGAGCAAAAAAUGUUGGCUCCGCAAUUAAUAGCCGCUGCUCAAAUGGCCGCUCAACAACCAAACCCCAUGCUACUUCAACAACAAUUUGUGGCAGCUCCACCAAUUCAUCCACAUUCAAUGACGUUUCCUGGUAUGAUUCCAACUGCUGGAUUUAUUGCACCCGGAUUCUUCUACGGACAUCCUAUCGCCUCUCAGUAUCCCCAAAUGAAACCAGAAGAUUUACAACGAUUAUUAAUGACCACACCACUUGCUCAAACCAUUCCCGCGCCACAAACACCCUCGCAACCAUCAACUUCUACUGCAAGUCGAGCCACACCACAGAUCUCAAAACCAUCCGCUGAAGCUGGAACACAUGUCAGUCCUGCGACUUCAAGAUUGUCAUCCGAAACAGAUUCUUCUUCGGAUAGUUCCACAGCUAGAAGGUUAGUUUUUUGUGAAUUUGGGAAUUUUUAUUAGAUAUUAGAACUGAAAAUUUCAAGAUCAUAAAAAUUUUGGUAAAAUGGGCGUUUAUGUCAAUAAAUUAGGAUAUUCCUAAUUUUAUAUGUAUUUUAAGAUGUUCGAUGUUAUUAACAUAUUUUUGAAAAAUUCUAAACUGGUUCAGAUUUUGAUUUCAUAUGUAUCAGAACUUCUUUUCUCGGAAGUUUCAGUAAAUUUUCAAACUGCGAAGUUUCGCUUUUCUUUUGUUGCAAAAAUCAUUUCUUUUGAACUUCCAAACUGGAUCUCUGAAUUUUCAAAGCUUUUCCUCGGACCAGACACCUUUCAAAAUUAAUCUCUCUUCCUGCCUAGUCUACAGCUAAAACUUUAAAAUGCAUGAAAAACAUGCCCUUUUGAAGUCAACUCCAAAUAUCAUAUGUAUCUAUUUUGCAGCAUUGAACCACCAUCUGAAGAAGUUCAACAACCAGUUGUAGCCCGAAUUCCAGACAAUUUGAUAUUCCGAGACAUGGCUAGAAAAAUUACAGUAGUUGCAAAUGGUAUACCAGCGGUAUUUUUUGAGUAUCAACGAAGACCUCAAAAUCAACAGAAUGGAAAAAUGUAA